GCAGUCGGGCAAGAAAGAGAAGGAGAAGGAAGAAGAAGGUGUGACACACGGUGGUGAAGAGCGGUAGUGAGAGACGAGAGAACCGGACGUGUCGUCGCUUUCUUCGAUCAAACGGGAGCGAUUCGUGAGGACCGGGUAGAAAACAAAAAGGGGUUAAAAGAGGAGGAGAGGAAGAGAAGAAGAAAAAAGGAGUGCGACGAACCCCUGGUCCCCCUGACACGCACGGGGAACACACACUCGUACACGUAGCGACGCGACGCGACGCGUCGCCGGUAAUAUAGCGUGUACGCUAUUCGUUUAAAGGGUUUCUUCCCUCCGACGAGGCGGCGUAGGAGUGCCGUAAGCGCACGCGGUGGUUCCUCUUCAAAGUCGAGUUGCCCGUCGGGGUGAGAAGAUACGUAUCGGUGUCUGCUGUCUGUCGGCGAGUUCUACUCGCGGGUACCACCAACGCACACGCGGCGAAAACAAACUCCGUCGUAUGUUGUCGUCGUCCUUGGUGCAUUUUCGCCGCUCGGAAAGAUGAAGCAAAGGGGAGAGAAUGAAAAUAUCGGAAACAAGCGGUUGUUUCUAGAGUAACCCGUCGCUCCGAGAGUACGCCGUCAGCGUAGCUAAAUCUUGACGGUAAUUUGAAAGAACGCGCGUGAUUAAACGAUCCCGGUGCAUAGGCGAGGAAUCGACGCGGACCGCCUCGCUGCACAACUAUCCUUUAAACUUGAUGUUACACCGUCGUUAUUCGAACCGUUUUAUCACGAACGAACGUAACAGUGUCCCGUACGAACAAGAUCGAAUGCAACCGUUCCUCCAAUCGACGAUUGGAGGUGAGAAGAUAGAUCGUCUGAAAGAGAGAAGAAUUGGUCGUUGGUGGUUGGUGCUGAGUGUUCUGGUGGUAACGACUUAGAUUCUUAGCCGGGUCGUGGUGAUGCCUUGCUGCAGCGGCUGUCCUUCGUUGCUCUGUGUCGUCGUGGUGGACGCCGCAGGUGCUUUCGAAGGUACAGUCCCGCCUGCGCAAGGCGGGGCGGUGAGGAUUCGCUGACGAGCGCAGCCCCCGGUGGCACGGCAGUGGUCGCCCCUGCAGGCCAUGUAUUACGGUUCGGUAAUCGACCGUACCGGCAGUAGCUGCAGUCCCAGCGACCUUCAGCAGCCGCGAUCACCACGACGACGCGCUGCUACUACGACGUCCGGCGUCCCGAAGGACGUCGACGCCGAUCAGGAACUGCUGUUCCAGCGGGAAGAACCGGCUUACGUGGUACUCGAUGUUCAGCCAAGGCCAGGCUGCGCCGCCGCCUCCUGUCACGCGGGUCAAAGGCCAGCCAGAAGACGAACAGGCGGAAAUGCGAUUAGGAUAUUCCUGCUUGCCGCUCUCGCAGCCUUCCUUGCAAUUGCUGUUUCUCCCGUGUCUGGCACGACAAACAAGAAAGAGGAAGCGGCGGCGGAGGUGGGGGCCAAUGUUGGCGUCACAAAAGAGACUUCCGGUGUCCCGGCCACGAGGCCCAGAACUGGCAGCGAUCCUGGAGGAUGUAUAGACCUGUUGGCAGCGUUACAGCUGCACAAUACAACGGAUAUUACACUGGUGAAAGGCCUAAAUACGUUAAAGCCAGCCUAUUAUCUUCAUGGCGAGGAGAGGGAGCUGCGACUGAACCAGACGAGCUUCGAACGUGCGGUCACGCUACUCCGGCGGGUUCCGGAAUUCACUAUAGCAGCCGCUUUGAAACAAGAGGAGACCAAUUCCGGGACGAUCGUCGCCUUUUCGCAUGGAAACAAUAAAUAUUUGGAGCUGCAGAGCAGCGGUCGUAAGAACGAGCUUCGACUUCAUUACGUAUCCCGUCGCGACGGGAAGGUCCACGAGGAGACGUUUCCUUUCCGACUGGCCGACGGGACCUGGCACAGGGUCGCCCUAAGUGUAAGCGGCUCGCAGGUCGAGCUGCUCGUCGACUGUCAUCCAUUGUACAGGCGGUUGCUCAGGCCUGGACCACCUGACACAAAUUUCACUCUGCCUGAACUUCAGCUCUGGGUAGGACAGAGAAACGUCAAGCACUUUCUCUUCAAGGGUGCUCUACAGGAUGUGAAGUUGAUACCCGGCCCCCAUGGCUAUCUUUCACAGUGUCCCCAACUCGAUUCGUCCUGUCCCACCUGCGGUCAAUUUUCUAUACUGCAAAACACGAUCGACCAGCUGAUGCAUAAUCUGAACGAACUAUCGCGUAGACUAGCCGCUGCAGAGGGCAGAAUAAGCAGAGUGGAGGAGUGCGAGUGCCAAAAAUCGUGCAGGGCAAACGGCACGGUACACGAGGACGGCGCCACAUGGGAAAAGGGUUGCCAACAGUGUUCCUGUGUCCAUGGUGAAAUCGAGUGCCGACCAACGCCCUGUGCUGCUGUCACUUGCAAGAAUCCUGUCAUUCCUCAAGGACAGUGCUGUCCGAUCUGUUUGAAACAAUGUUACUUGCAUGGCGUGAUUUACGAUCACGGCGAGAAAGUCUCGCCGAAACAGUGCGUCGAGUGCGACUGUUUCGACGGAAGUUUCACUUGCCAGAGAUUUGACACGGAAACCAGAUGUCCGCCAUUGCCUUGUCCUCCUAGCGAACAGAUCAGCGUAGCCGAGGAAUGCUGCAAAUUCUGCCCAGGGGUGGACUACUGCGCGAAGGGCCACAAGUGUCACGCUAAUGCAUCCUGCCUGAACCUGCAGACAACGUACGCCUGCCACUGCGAUAUUGGUUUCCAAGGGGACGGUCAUAACUGUCACGACAUAGACGAGUGUAAACAACAAGGUGGCUCGGAAGGUCAUCACUGCAACGCUAAUACAAAAUGCGUGAACGUGAUCGGCUCGUACACGUGCGAGUGUCUUCCGGGCUACCAUAGAGUGGACAAAUUCAACUGCGCCGAACUCGACGAGUGUGCGACUGGCCACCACACGUGCGACCAACACGCGACCUGUGUGAACACCGCGGGCAGUUACUAUUGCAUCUGCAAGGACGGCUACACUGGCGAUGGCUACACCUGCAAACCGGUCUGCAAUCAGACCUGUCAGAACGGUGGCGAAUGCGUGGCGCCAGGAAAAUGUUCAUGUCGCCGUGGUUACAUAGGCAACAGUUGCGAGCUCGAUCUGGACGAGUGCGCGAGCGAUCUUCAUCGUUGUCAUCAGUCGUCAACUUGUUUCAAUAUGCCUGGAUGGUAUUAUUGCCGCUGCAAACCCGGUUACAGAAGCGCCCUUCACGACAGCACCCAAGGCACCCAGUGUCUCGAUAUCGACGAGUGUAACGAUCAAACGAUCGAGAGGAGGCACACGUGUCACCCUAGCGCUAAGUGCGUCAACACCGAGGGUGGAUACGAGUGCGUAUGCCCGCCUCAGGAGGACAAUCACACCGCGGAAGAGUGUAGAUUGAGUUGUUUGUUCGAAAAUCAAGAGGUUAAAAACGGUGAGACUCUGGCACCAGCCGGUAAUCCUUGCAGAAGAUGUACUUGCAAGGACGGGGUCAUCACCUGUAGGGAUCCCGUUUGCGACUGCAGCGCCCCUGGAAGUCACAGGGACAAAUGCUGUCCUCAGUGCGAUCCUGCAGCCUCUUGCAGGCAUCAGGAGCUUCAUCACCUAGUCUUCAGGAGCGGUGAACGAUGGAUAUACCAGUGUCAGACUUGCGAAUGCCUGUACGGUGAAAUAGACUGCUGGCAGAUGGAGUGUCCACCGGUUAGCUGUUCGAAUCCCGUUACGGAGGACGGGGACUGUUGUCCGCGUUGCGAGGACGAUCCAUGCGCGAGAGAACUACCCGGAAAUGGUACUUCUCUCUCAAUGUUGACACGUCCAAGGCCUUGCAGUUACUCCGGCAUCGUUCAUGACAGUGGCAGCUCCUGGCAGGAUCCCCAUGACAAGUGCACCACGUGCGAGUGCAAGGUGCCGUACUGCGCCCAAUUGGUGAGCAAUAGCGCGUGUUGUGUGCAUCGGACGGGCAGCUAUGCUGCAGCUACGAUUACGGCUGCGCUGGCGAUUUGGGCAGCAACGAGCAGCAACGUCCUCCAGUCGUUGUUCCUGAGUCUCACCUACGCGGCCUAUCGAGCGCUGCGGGGUCACCGAUGGCUGACGGUGCACCGGAAGCAGCUCUAUCAGCGGUUACAACUACCAGCUCAGCUGGUGCAACGGUCACCAGCACCGCCUACCCCCUGUCAUCCUCGUCUUCUUCCUCGUCCGCCAACACCAGAAGCGGGUCCAACGUGGCCAGGAAAGCACAACGGAGCCUGCAAAAAUCCCAGCAGCCAGUACAACGACAGAGGGACGACCUCCGUGUCGGAAUGCAACUACAACAAGCUGUGCCUACAGACAGGUACCAGCUGCCCUCUGGAACAACGACGGCGUCGUCGUCGACGUACGAGCGCGUUGCAUCCACGUCGACGUCGUCGCCGACGACGGGCAAAGCUCCGGGCAAGUCUCAAACGCCUACGCUUACACCACGACGACAGCGCCCUAAAGCGGCGGGCAACCUCACCAACCAUCGAGGCAACGCAUCCUUCUCCUCUCCUCCCUCAACCUCGUCCUCAUCCUCCUCCUCCUCGUCGUCUUCGUCGCCACUUACCAUGCUGGUGCCCUCUGGGGCGGACCCAGACACGGAAGACACUGUAUCUGUCAGCAGCACCACCAGCAACAGCGACAACGUGGUCGGGACCGACGGAUACCGUCGGUCGUCGAACAAUCGUCAUCGGAGGAGCGACGACAACGACUCUAUGGCGCGGGGCAGCGCUACCUGAGCCCGUUGCUUCCGUGGAGAGCUAGAAGAGACAGAAAUUCUGCAUUGGCAAGGCAUUCCAGAGGGUGUAGCACGAAGACUGGCCCACGGGCCGGCGUAGUAGCCUGACCGGACAGGCGUUGUUCUCUAUGGUCAUCCCUUAGGGGGUGUCGCCUAGGGAGUCGAGUGCUGAGAAGAGAAACGCGAGCAGGACCGAAAAGAGGAGCUACCGGUUGACGAUCAACCGUUUGUCGAAUCGUCGCGCUUUUCGUCGUCCGUGGUCUGUGCUAACCGACUGAAGCAAGGACACGUGUGUAUUUGAAAAGAUUUCGAGUCGGAUUCUAACCUCUAGUCCGCCUACCGGAUAGCCAGAAGGCUUCGAGGCUGGUGUUCAGCGAGAUAGAUCUACCGACUGGCCUGGUGUAUCGUCGGUGAACGUAGCGGAGAGUUUAGGGUGUGCCAAAUACGAGCCUGCCAACGCCGACCAACCGGGGACAGCAUCUUGCAGCCACUAUAGACUUGAUCGUUCCGACGAAGAACAACGUCGUGUUUUGUCCGCGUGUGGUAAUGGGUCAAGCAUGAGUUAGUCGCAAUCUUGAACGCCAGACUUCCGCUCGGCCAACAGAAUAAAUCGGAGAAACUGAGCCCAGACGCGCGUCCAAGCGUUCCAAGCUUUCGCGAUCACUUCGCGUACUUUCCAUCGUCGAACUAAAGGUAGCGCACAAUAUUUGGGCCUUAUAAAAUUAUAAAAUUUUUGCCGUGGUCCUUGCCGUCUUUAAUCGGAAGGGGCAGUACCAGUGAAAUCCGUAAUCGUGAACGAUAAUGCCCCUGUUCCAUCAAUGGCGGACCACGCGAGAAACGAUAUAAAUAGAGUAAUUAUCGUAAGGAAUUGAAUAUCCCCAACAUGAAGGACGAAAAUCGUUAUACAUAGAGCUCCGUACUAAAAAUAUAUAUAUAUAACUUAUUAUUAUACACGCAAAUAUAUAUAUGUAUAUUAUAUAUGUAUAUAUAUAUAUGAUGUAUAUUCGAUACGGAUCACGCGUGAAAUAUUGACGAGUCAUUUAUUCAGACGAUCUUUAUUAUUAUAUUAUAUUAAAAAGAAAAGUAUCGUUCUAUCGUGGAUGAUCAUAUCUCGCUAACAAUAUAGGUAAACGCGCGAUAAUAACGGGUGGCCGUAACACGGACACGCGGCAUUGUAGCUCUGUGAAAGGAAAAAAAUGAUUAAACGUAAUUAGUGUACGCUUUGGAAGUCGUAACGUUUAAGGAUCGUUAUUUUAGGAUAACGCGGUUAAAUUAUUCUCGUGUGAGGGUUUCGGGAGAAUGAGAAAAGAGAUAUAUGUAUAGGCAGGAUUAAGAAUAGGGAAGUACCAAACGGUUGGUUCAGUUUCUCUGAUUGAAAACGCUGACUGGUUUAUGCUUGAUCCAGAUUUGUAAUCGAAUCAUCGAACGUGCAACCUGUGCCUCCGAGGACAACGAGGCCUUUCACUGGCCCUCGGACUCUUCUUGCUUUCGAUGAAAAAACGGACGUAUUUAUCGUUUUAAUUUCGUUGGAACAUUAUUAAAGUUAACGUUGAUUUAAUGACAUCAGAGUCGCGAGACAAGGCGAAGAGAUUUAUUCAACGAAUAAUUUCGUUCAGUUAAUGUCAGUGAAACGAAUUGUUAAAUAAUCGUUAGCAUGUCCGAACUUUCAUCGGAGCAAUUAAGUCUCCUGUUCAAUUAUUAGUUGUACACCGGACGAUGAACGUGCCGGCUCGCUCGAACGAUUCUUUAUCUCGCUCAACCCAAUGCGACCACUACGACUACAUUCCUCCUUGAUUAACAAUAAGUAGGCACUAAAAAUGAGAGAAACAUAUAAAUAUAUAUAUAUAUAUAAACAAAUGAAACGGUGAAGCACACACGAGUGAAUAUACUUCUGAAAAAAAGAAAACUGAAGCGUGAAAAAAGGGACAUGUAUAAUGUGCAUUCGUAAUCGUUUGUUCAAUGUGCAAUAAUUAAACGGUAACGGCUUAAUUUGUAAAGAAAACUCCUAUUAGUCGCGUGGAUACCAGUGCUGCUUCACAUCCGAUGGUGAAUUUCAUUUAACUUGAAGGAACAAUGUUUCUCUUGAGUCUCGUGGCUGUUUUCUUUGUCAAUUAAUUUUCUUCACACUUUACUUCAAUUCUGGAAAUAAUUUCAACUCUAACUUUGACACAAUUUUGAGAAUUAAUCUCUGUCCUCGAUGUUACUUUUCACUUUAAUUGAACUUAUCCCAAUGUUGGCCCCUUCAUAGUAGCAACCAGCCACGCGACCCAAGUGUUCAGACAUGGGUGCGAAGUGGCGAUGAUUCUAUACACACGAAUUGUAACUUUUCAUCAUAUUGAGAAUGGAAUUUCACUCCAAGAAUCUUCCCAAAGACAAAACUUUCGAUCAGAAUCUAUAUUCUUCGUGAUGCGAGGCGUCGACAAUGGAUAAAAAAAAAAAAAGAACGUAGUUCCUCGAACAAAGAAAGAAGCAAAGAAGCUAUAAGAAACCAUUUGAGCACUCCGUAGGUGCAUCACAUAUGUAUUACACAUAUUUACAUAUGCAUGUUGUGUAUAAAAAGGAUAUCGAUGAAAAAUGCGUGCAUCGGCCUGAGCAAAUCGUAAAUUAAUUAAGCCAUUGAUUAAGCCAUUGAUCGACAGAUACGCUGUGUUGCUAUGAUUGUAUAUAGGAACGUGUAACGUGUUAUAUAGUGACAACCUAAUUAACAGGGCGUACGUAUUAUACAUACAUACAUUACACAUAUUAUACAAAACGAGACUAUUCGCCGUGCGAUUUUGAUUACUUAACAAACGAAUGAACAACAUAAAACGACACCAACAAGAACAAAAAAAACGUGUAACAUGAAUUUAUUGACGAACGACGUGUAAGGAUGAUGAUGACGAUGAUAAUGGCAUGUUCGAUUUCAGAUUAUGAUCAACUCUUUUCUCCCUCUCUUUCGUUCUUCGUCGGACGAAGAGAUCGGCGCGUCGUAUCGUAUAAACUAGCAUACAAUUUAACGAUAAAUAAAAUAGAAUCGUAUUACCUAUUGUAUUAUCGAUAUCGUGUUAAGCAUUUACGACGACUAAUCUCGAGGAAAGGCACGCGUUUGGCACAAAGAAAACGAGAAACGUCGGUGAUUAGCGGACAUACUAAUUAAAAAUGUACAUUAGAUGUAACACGCGUUGUCGCGUCUAGAACGAGGAGAGGAGAGGAGACAAGUAGAAUGCCUUGGUGCCAGAUUUUACGCCUAGCUUAAGAUCUUUUUAAAGAUUAUUUAUAUUUGCAACGAAAAGCUGUGGGAAAAUUGGCCUAGAAAAAUGGCCUUCUAUUUCUUGAUUUGUCAUAAAUCUAGAACUCUUUGCUCAAGAAACUCUUAUUCGUUGAAUUAUAUCACCCUGUAAAGUAGGAUGACAGGAACCUAUCUGGCCUAAGUGUUUAAACUUCAUUUUGUAGCAUUUUAAAGUGGUCUAAUGUAUUAUUUUUCGAGUCACCAACAACUGAUCUGGCAAUGAGUCGUUCGCAAGGCAUCAUCCAUGCGUCGUUCGUCGUCCGAUUAGACAAGAUAGACAAGACAGGUCUCGUAAUCAGGUAGGUAGGAUAGGUAGGUCGGUAGAUAGGUAGAAUACCUGAAAGCAGGGCGGCGAUAGGCAGAGCCAAUGUCGCGUAUCAAUAGCGGAUCUAACUGUAUAGUGUUCACUGGUUACUUCGUACUUUUUUGAAUAAGACCGAACGAGAUGAUCGUAUAAAACCUUGCUUGGAGAGGCGAUAAGUUGACGGACCUACCGGGCUGGAAGGCAAAAACAGGAAGAACAAAAUAUUGAAAGGAGAAACUUGUAUGAGGACUAUAAAAACUGUAAUUAAGGAAACACCGAGAUCAACCCAGAAAGACUUCUUUUAUAGUGUGUUACCUAAUAUUAAUAACAGUUUUACCACGUUACUCCUGACUACCGCUAGUUAACGCCUAAUUACUUAUUUACCAAGGUAAUUAACUAACAACGACUAAACUAGUAAGCGCUUUAAAUUAAACGAGAUUAACGAGGAUCUAACUACAGCCAGCCUAGUCCCAGUUUAAUCUGUGCUAACCGUAGACGUUACUACCGUUACUAACUACUGGCACUAAUGUUACCGUCAUCGUCACCGUUUCGUUCGUAUUCGUCGUUAAACGCGAUCGAUGGUGAUCCAUGACGGUUCUCUUAGCUUGGAGUAAAGAUAUCAUCAAUAUUAGUUGACUAAAAUGUCUAAGAAAUUAUUUUAUUUUGAAAUCUGGCAUCGUAGUUUCGUUUGAUCUGGCGAUUAUGGCACAGGGGCCAGGAGGAACGAUCGCAGCACCGUCGAUCGCGAUACCAGACGAAUCAAGCGAAGUGCUGCUAGUGUUUAUUGUCUUGAUACACAUGCUAGUGGCUGGCGCAAAUCGUCACUGCCGGGACUAUCAUUGUCAUCUUCCUUCAUUCGAUCAUUUCGAUCAGGGUACAGGCGGCCGACACUCGUGCACGUCGAGUUUCUAAUUGUUAACCACGCGCUGCUAACCGUUGUAAACUAAUUAUUAACUCUAUCGUGGAGCGUUAUUAAUCCUCGCGGAUACCACGUCGUAUGGUCGUUUUCGUACACAAUCGUCACCUAAUCGUGGCUUUGAGGCUUCGAACCGACGAAACUGGCAAGUAGACGAACCGAAUGCUUGCGUCUCCGCCGCCCUUCGCGUAGGUGUACCGCUACCUGGUGAUGUGAUGUCGGUUUAAUUAUUUUGGAAACAACGAGAAACGUGGAAUCUCGCUCUUCCAGUGUAUCUUAUCACCCUUCGACUGCCGUACUUUAGAACCUUCGUCGCUAUCUUGUCGAAUUCAUACGUCGUAAGGAAACUUUUUAACUUUCUAACGAGGGAAACUACCCAAGUGUUACGCUCGUCGAGCUGAAUACGUCUAUACCCUAUGUUGGGGAUAGGCGGCUAAUUGUUUAAAAGAUAUUAACAAUGAAAAUUAGUUACUCCUUACAUUGCGAAGUUUAAAAAACUCAGGUGGAAAUGGUUAGUUCCGUGGUUAAACGCAUGACCUGCAAUCUGAAGGUGCAGGGUUUAAAUCCUUGAUUCCUAACAUUUUUUUUUAAAUGGUAGUUUGUUUCUUUUUAACUACAUAUUAUAAUUCAUUAUAUACGCUGCACUUUUUAUAGAAUUUAAAUUAUGUUUUCCAUUGAAUACAUACAUUAACAUCGUUACAGCAUCGUAUACUUUCUUAACAUUGCACACAAUUAUUUCUUACAAUUUGAGUUUUGAUAUUAUUUAUAUAUCUUCAUGUUAUAUACAAAUUUGCUGUUGUAAUAAAAAAUAAGCGCGUGUUUUAUGAUGCCGUAGCGAUGUUAAUGUAUGAACCGGGAUCGUAAAUAUUAUUUAAAUUCUAUAAAAAGUGCAGCGUAUGUAAUGAAUUAUUAAUAAAUGCAACGACUAAAGCACAGCUGUAAAAGAUACUCAAGACGAAAGAAACUGUCAUUAAAAAGAAAUAUUAGAAGUCAAGGAUUUGAACCGGGGACCUCUAGUUUUAGAGUCGUGUUCAACCACAGGGCUAACCAUUUCUGUGUGAGUUUGUUAUUCUUCAGAAUGUAAGGAGUGACUAACUUUAAUUGUUCGUGUCUUUUAAACAAUUAACCGUCUGCCCCCAAAAUGGGGUAGAGUUUCAUUAAUAAGUGAGCGUAACACUUUGGUAGUUCCCCCCGUAAGAGGCGAACUUUCCUUAAGUUCCUUGUUAAUUUUACACACUUUUGGCAACGAUUCAGACUCUUCAAGGAUCGAAAACUGUAAUUUUUCGUCAAAUUCCAAACACUUUACCGACUUCACGAUGUCAUGUCACUAAUAUCGCGCUACUCCACCAUUUCCACCUAUCUUGUCCUUCCUCCUUUCCUCCAUUCUUCCUUAAAAUCGCUGAUACCGAGUCUCCUCGAGCAAACGACAUGCUCUCUAAUCGAAUUUUAUUUCUUUCUACCAAAUCGCUCACGAUUAAUCCACGUAAUCAUGAGACUGUUGACCAUUAUAACGAUUCGAGAAUCCAGAACGAUUCACUGACUGAAUGAUUCCAGUUAACCCUUUAUAGAGCACGGUUCCUAUACAGAACUUUCAACCCUAGUCGACUUUAACUUCAUCUCGACGCAGACUUAAAUUUCAAUUAUUUUACUUAACAGAAAUUUUAACUUCGGCCUAAUCUAGUUUUAGAUCUUAAGUGGAAUAUUUGUCUGAUUUACUUUGAUCCAAUUUAACUUUCAAUCCAACUGAAACUCGGCUCUCGACUUAACCCAGAACCGUCUGUUAAGUCUAUAAAGGGUUAAUCGAUCGAAGCGAAAGAUUAUUGGAUCGAAUCGUUUUUAACUGGUCAUGAAAUUGUUUGUAACUGCGCGUAACGAAUAUUCGAAGCAUUAAAAGUCGAGAUCCGUGAACCACGGAUUAGUAUGAUUCAGGAUGCUAUAACGAAAGCGUGUUUCGACUGUCGUCAGACGAUUAAACGAUGGUUAUUAAAUCUUCAACUUAUUUGUCCUUAUUCAUGUUAUUCACGACUUUCAUCACGAUUUCAACUGAUUUAAUUCGUUCCUUUUUUCUUAUAGAAAGAAAAUUGAUAAAAAUUCCACGGCGACGUCCAUCAUGUUCCCAUGCUUGUUGUGCGACGAAUGUUUCUAUGUACGUGUACAAGUUUAACUUGAUAGCCUACGAAUAGGGACGAAUCCAGGUUCUCGAAACAAAAUGAUGGGGGAAAGUUAUAAACCGUUCGAUCAACAUCGAAUUCCAAAACUGCAUAAUUUUCAUCUCUACGAAACGAUUAUUCAUUUCUUUUUAAGUCGACAAAUUUUAUUUCACGUUUUCGACGACUUGGCGUUUCCCGCCUUUCCCCCACCACCGUCUUAGCUGGAUCCGUGCUUGCCUACGAAUUAUUGUACGGUAUCGUCGUGUUAAGAAACGUAAGGGAGUUGAUUUUUUCUAGUCAGAUACGAUUAUAAAUAAUUUUACGUUAAACAGCCGGGUAAAGUUUUUUUUACAUCGCUGUGACUAUGUAAGAUGUUUCUCCUUAUUCUCUCUUUCUUUAUGAUUUUCGACGGCCCGUCGUCAAGGGACGAGCGAAAUUAAUUAAAUACGCGUCGUGAGCGAUGACGACGAUUAUAAGAUACGAAUUUCGAUUGAUAUAUUAAUUACGAAUCGAUCAUUAUUGUAAUUCUUCUUAUUAUUAUUCUUAUUAUUAUUAUUGCGUUGAUUACGAUUAUGGUUAUUAUUGAUUACUACCAUCAACGAUUAUUAGUUACUAUCACUACAGUCAUAUAAUACCUUUGUAAAUGAGAAUCAAGACACUGACGGCUAGGGAAGAAACUUAAUAAAUUGAAAUUCUAUUAA